AUGGGAGUUUGUGCAAAAAGAAUUAAUAUUACUCUAAAAGAUUGGUAUAUAAUCUACCGUGCUAAAGUUGAGGUUCUGUUUCUAUGGAAUCCGUCGAUUAGAGAGUUGUAUAAACUUCCUCAUUCAGGAAUUGAUGUGCGCAAGUAUAGAUUUGCUUAUGCAUUUGGUUAUGUCGAUUGUCAAAAUGAUUACCAAAUUGUUGAAAUUGUGGCAAGUAAAUCUAGUUAUUUGAUUGCUCAUAUUAAUGUUUAUAGUUUACGAAGUAAUUCCUGGAAAACCAUUCAAGAGUUUCCAAGUACUAUCUCUUUGCCUAAAUCUGUUCAAUUUGUUAAAGGAAAGCUUCAUUGGAUCACUGGUGAUAGUGAUGGUGGUGGCGGUGAUAGUUAUGUGACAUGGUUCAACCCCAGAGAUGCUACGUUUGGAAAUGUAGCAAUAUUGCCGAACCCAAAUAGUGACGCUAUUGACUGGGGAUUAGUGUCUUCAUCAGGUAAUCUAUGUAUCACUUGUGACUAUAAACACAGGAUGUAUGUGUGGAUUAUGAAGGAUUAUGGAGUUGCGGAGUCGUGGACUAUGGUGGGUUCGAUACCUUCAAUAAAUAUGAUUAGGCCAAUUUACAUUUCUCGUAAUGAUGAAAUUCUAUUGCAAGAUAUUUCAGAUUUAGUGUGGUGGUAUGUUUCAAGACAAGAUAGCAGUUCUCAUAAAGGAUACGAGCUUAGUCAUUACGCUGACACUUUGUUAGGAUGGGUGUUAUCUUCUGCAUCAUAA